AUGUCGUCGCGGUCGCUGCCCAGUCAGCCGACGCGCUCGCCUAAUACCCUUCCAGUAUACAGCCGGCCCCAACUCGCUCGUCCACUACUACACAACCCGCCUUGGUCUACUCUUCUCCCGCCUAUGCCCCUCAGAAACAGCCGAUGUCCUCUUAUUCCUCCAGCGCGCAAAAUCACAGUCAUAGUCAAUAUUCCUCUGUCUAUACAUCCACGUCUGCCGCGCCCGCCUACUCUUCUGCGCCGACCCCUCAGCUAUCUGGACACUCGCCUGGUGCUCGCAAUACGGAAGGGUUUCUGGAACCGACGCGGAGGCCAUCUUGUGUACGACCUGAGUCGCUGGUGCAUCGUGUACGCGCCACGCAACUUGGCGAGCCCCUCGGAGCUGGCUCAGUACCCCUCGCCGCUGGAUGGGUUCAUGAACCAUCAUGGUCAGAAGGUGAAGUACGACCCGAACGUGCCAAAGCUGCCCGAGUCCCUGCUGCUCCAUGGGUAA